AUGCCGGGAGAAACUGUUGUUGAAGAACAACAAAAUAUUCCAAGCGUUGAGUCGCCAACCGCAACGGCUGUUGCCUUGUAUCCACUCAAAAGAGAAUGGACCUGGUGGUAAGUUUCUUGGAUCGGCUCGAUCUGAAUCUAGAAAUCCCUAAUUUCCAGGUAUUUGAACGAUGAGCGUAACAAAUCAUGGGAAGAAAGAUUGAAAAAAGUCUACACAUUCAAAAGUGUUCCAGAAUUCUGGGCUCUUUAUGAUGCAAUCCGCCCACCAAGUGGUUUGAACGCAAUGUGCGAUUAUAAUGUUUUCCGUGAUAAUAUUCAACCAAUGUGGGAAGUUCCGGAAAAUGCAAAAGGCGGUCGUUGGUUGGUAACAAUUGAAAAAGGACGUCCAGCUGAAAUGGUUGAUACAAUCUGGCUCGAGAUUUUGAUGGCAUUGAUUGGUGAACAAUUUGGAGAAGAUAUGGAUUCGAUUUGUGGAUUGGUUUGUAAUGUUAGAGGAAAAGGGUCGAAAAUUAGUGUUUGGACGAAAGAUUGUAAUGAUGAUGAUGCAAAUAUGAGAAUUGGGUUAGUUACUUUUCUACAAAAUCAAACUCAAAUCAAUGAUAAUUAUUCCAGGCAAGUUUUGAAGCGUAAACUUCUUGAUGCUGAUGUGCCAAAAAUGAUUCAAAAGCCAUUAUUCGAUAUUCUUCGCUAUGAAGAUCACGAAAGUUGUCAAAAGAAAAUUGGAUCGGUUGUCAAAUCGAAAUUAUCAAUUAGUUGGAACGACGAAGCUGUCUAA